AUGAGUAAUCCAGCACAACUUCGUCAAUUGAUGGAUAGCCCAGUUGUACAAAGUAUAACAAGUAAUCCUGAUUUAUUACGUUCAUUAUUACUUAGUAAUCCACAGAUCCGUGACUUAAUGGAGCGCAAUCCUGAAAUAUCACAUUUACUUAAUAAUCCUGAUCUACUUCGUCAAACAAUGGAAUUCGCUCGUAAUCCAACAGCAUUACAAGAACUUAUGCGUAAUCAUGAUCGUGCAUUGAGUAAUCUUGAAAGUAUUCCAGGUGGUUUCAAUGCUUUACAACGAAUUUAUCAUGAUGUACAAGAACCCAUGUAUUCAGCAGCACAAGAGCAAUUUGGUAAUAAUCCAUUUGCACAAUUAUUUACUGGAAAUGAAAACACAGCAGCAUCGCGUACUGAAAACACUGAUCCAUUACCAAAUCCCUGGGCACCACGCGGUACUGCUGUAGCUUCUACAACUCCUCGUCAAGUGCAACAACCAUCUACUACUACAACACAUACUUCACAACAACAACCGGCAGGUUCAGCAUUACCGACUAAUGCUACCGAUGGUUCGCCUAGCUUAAAUUCCCCAACGAUGCAAAAUUAUAUGUCACAAUUACUUCAAAAUCCCCGUUUACUUGAAAGCAUUCUUAGUGCACCUCAUAUGCAACCAUUAAUGGAUUCACUUGUGGCUAAUCCGGACAUAUCAAGACAAAUGGUUUCUAAUAAUCCAAUGUUUGCAAAUAAUCCUGAAUUGCGCGAACAAAUGCUUAAUGCAUUACCAAAUAUGAUGGAACAAAUGAGAAAUCCUGAAUUACAAGGUUUGAUGCAAAAUCGCGAAGCGCUUGAAGCUAUAACACAAGUUCAUGAAGGGCUUCAACGUUUGCGUGUAGCAGCACCCAAUCUAUUUCAAGCUGGCGGCUUACCAGGUGGUCUUCGUUUCGAUCCAACUGGUUUAAUAGCACCAAAUAAUACAGGAACUGUGCCAUCGAAUCCUCAAUCGACAUCAUCAAAUUCAGCACCAAGAACAGCCGAUAUUACAACACCAUUAUCAAAUGAUCCAAAUGGUUUUGGAGGUGUAUUUGCUCAAAUGUUGAAUAUGAUGUCAAAUCAAAAUCUUAAUACGCCACCAGAUCAGCGCUAUGCUGUUCAAUUAGAACAACUUGUUUCGAUGGGUUUUACUAAUCGUGAAGCAAAUUUGCAAGCUCUAUCAGCAACAAUGGGAGAUGUGAAUGCAGCCAUUGAACGACUCCUUUUCCGAAAUUAA